AUGUAUACUCAUCUUCUCUCGUGGCUCAUCAUCAUUGCAAGCGUGUCAAGUGCUGUAAAGUCAGCUUGGAUCGAGAAAUACAAGCCAAACCUUUAUCAGUUCCAAAUAGCUCCUCUCGAAACCAGUUUGAUUCAUGAUUGCAGUGAUUCCAGCUAUAUCUUGGAUAUCUAUGAUAUCACCUUAUCCCCUCGUUAUCCUCUUCCUGGUGACAACUUGACCAUUGAAGCUAUCGGCUUUCUUGAAGAACCCGUGUCUUAUGGUGCUAAGGCUGAUGUUCUAGUCAAGCUUGGUUUUGUGCAGCUUCUCAAGAAAGAAUUUGACAUUUGUGAAGAGAUGGACAACAAUGAUGUUGAACUACAAUGCCCUAUCAUGGAUGGUCCUGUCAAGGUUACGCAAAAGGUCACAUUGCCAAAGGAGAUCCCCAAGGCCCACUUUAAAGUACAAGUACGCGCUAAGAAUCACAAUAAUCACCCACUCGCUUGCCUCGAUGUUGACGUUGACUUUCGCCAUCAUCGUCUUCGUCACUCAUCUUCCAACAAGAAAAACAGACUAGCAGAUGCUGAAUGGUGA